UUAGUCAAUGCAUCUGUCAUUACAGCUUUCAAAAGAGGAAACAGAAAGUAUCACAGUAAUUUUUCAGUGUUUCUGCUCUACAUGCACACUUCAUGCAUUAUUUCAGUCCACGUCCACACAAAAAAUUAUUCAGUGCGAUCGCUGUCAGCUGCAGGAUUUUUUUAUCCAAUCUGUGGUUUUAGUCAAACUUCCUGCUAUUUCCUGUGAUUCUGCCCUGAAGUGGCACGCCAGAUAAAGCCAGUAUCAGGAGUAUCGAGAGCAGCGGAUGAGAGCUGUUUUGGUGUUUUAUAGCAGGACAAACUGGAACGCUCAGACACAUCGAAAUGAAUCUAACGUCUGAUCCCAACACGACUGGAUAUUUUUAUCCAUAUGAUCAUUUUCUUGAUGAAAGUGAUGUCAACCCUGUGUCUGCGGAGGUCAAGUGGUCUUUAAAACUAACUUCUUUCAUCUUCUACUGCCUGACGUUUUUCCUCGGAGUGCCCGGCAAUGCAUUUGUCAUCUACAUCGCCGGCCUGAAGAUGAAGAGGACCAUCAACACAACGUGGUUCCUCAAUCUAGCCAUCGCAGACCUCCUGUGCUGUCUUUCCAUCCCGUUCAGUUUGGCCGAGAUGCUUCUGGAUCAUCACUGGCCGUACGGAUCUGUCAUGUGCAAGAUUCUUCCCUCUGUUGUAGUCGUCAACAUGUUUGCCAGCGUCUUCACGUUGAACCUGAUCAGUCUGGAUCGGUUCGUGCAGGUGAUAACACCAAUCUGGGCUCAGAACCAUCGCAGCCUGACGCUUGCCCGGAUGUCCUGUGCGGUGGCCUGGCUCCUGGCGUUGUGUCUCAGUUUGCCCUUCAUGAUAAUCAGAGAAACGUACACUUAUGAAGAUUUCAACAUCACGCUAUGCACAUCUCACGGCAAUGACCAAGGGGACAAUUUUCAAACGUCGGAGGUGUUGAGCAUCGUCAGGUUUGUGUUCGGGUUCCUCGUUCCUCUCCUGUGCAUCGUCACGUGUUACAGCAUCAUUGCUCGAAAGUUAAGAAGGAGCAGUUUUCGCUCCGGCCGAGCGCUUCGCAUCAUGUUGGCUGUCAUCGUGGCCUUUUUUCUGUGCUGGUUGCCGUAUCACGGUGUGGAUUUGAUCCGGUUUUACGGUGGAGAAUGGAGCUCCAAGGUGGCCUUGGGCCUGGAUCCUCUGGCCAUCUCUGUGGCGUACGUCAACAGCUGCCUGAACCCGGUUCUGUACGUUUUCAUGGGUCAGGAUUUUAAAGAGAAGGUUCGACUUUCUCUCAGACGUGUUUUUGAAAGAGCCUUCUCAGAGGACACCACGCACAGUUCACCAUCCACACACUCACAGCAAACAAACUCAAACACACUCGUUUGACCGUCUUUAUUCAGGGUGUCUUCACGAUCAUUUUUAACAUGUCUUGAAAACAGAAAUACAUGACAGCACAUAACACAAGUUGCUUAGUCAAUCAGUUUUCAGUAAAAGGAAGUGUCAGUGUGUUCACGGUCUGUUGCUUUUUUAUUUUUGCCUAGGAAGUUACUAAACAGUUAUUAGUUGCAUCUAAAAAUACUUUGUGUAAACAUCUGCAUGUGAACAUGAAGAUUACAGAGACAGAACGUGUUAGAUAAUGCUAUCAGUGGAAAUAUUUUGCUACAAUGAACUUGAUGAAAGUGUGUUCUUGUGCUGGCAAUUGGAAGUUCCUGUAAGAAAAUAAGAUAAGUAUCUAAAAUAUAUAUCACUGGUUCAAUCAAACUGCACUUUUAUUUCUAUUCUCUUUCCCUUCAGUUUUAUUCUCUUUCAGACACAUUUCAAAUAAGUUUAUUUCCUUUUUAGCGUCAUUUUAAUUCUUCAGUUGUAUUGUUUAGUUGAUUUUAGAUCAUUUACUUUUUAAAGAUGUCUUGUGCAUUAUGUAGGCCCUGUUCUAUUUUUCCUUUGUCAAUCAUGUGGGUUUAUGUAAAGCGCCCUGAAGCUUUUUGUAUGAAUUAUGCUAAAUAAAUAAACUUGGCUUGCCAAAGAAAGUGA